AUGCAGGGUGCCGAAGCAGCUUCCGCGGUUUGGGCAAGUGCUGCAUGGUGGCUAAUGCUGAUAGCUGUGAGCUUGGCGUGCUUUGUGCUGCUCCGGAAGGUUCUGCUUAGCAAUCCUGUCGGGAGCAUCCGGCAUUGGUACGAAGCCAGCAGGUGGCAGAAAGGUCCCGGCAGAAAGCCUGCGGCCGUCGUUCCAGGCGGAGGAGGUGAUGCAUCCCCGUCGUGGGUGGACGACAUGGUAUGCGCUGAGCUGCAGGAACUUUAUGCGGGCAUGGUAAAGACCAGCUUCGUGUGUAUUGUCGGACCCUUUUGCUUCCUCACCGUAAUGCAUUCGGUCCUCCGUGAUGAUAAAUCCUUUCCCGAUUUGCACUUGAACUCUAAUAUGCUUCCACUCGUGGUGGCAAGUCUCCUGGCAGUCUGCAACCCCCCGGCACGCAGAACGCGACUGGGACUCUGGCUUCUGCUCGCUUUGUGGUUUGCCUCGACGCUCGCCGCACACCUGUUCCUCUCGGAAUGGCACCUUCACGAACAAGUCUGGUUGAAUCACAUGUUCUUCGUCACGGUUGUCUCCGAAGUUCUACAGAUGCCACCGCUGGUGAUCUGGGCCAACACCAUUCUUCACUCUGCAUUCUUUAUAGCUUUGACUGUGGCCAAUGACUAUCCCAGCGAUUCUCCAUCACUCGAGCUGCAGCUGCUAAUGGUGAUUGUUAGAAUUGCCUGUGGGCACUACACCCAGCUGGUGUCCAAGGCAGUUGAAGGCUGCACACGUGCGGACGUGCUGGCUCAGGACGCUUCGAAGCUGGCGGCCUUGAGUCGCUCUGCCGCUGAACAGGCUCUCGUGGAAGCAGACGAGGAGGCCACUCGUGCUCGGACGGCCCAGGUGGAGUUGUCACUGGCAGAGGCUGAGGCGAGGGCCGUUGAGUCUGUGUGA